AUGACCACUCCAACUUUACAUACCUCCACAGACCAAAAUGCGGAUUUCCUUAAGCGCUUCUCUUCCUUCGAAAACAAGAAAAGGCAACAUCCAAAGCCUCUGUCGCUUGAGGAGCACGUUCAGUUUCGCACGCGUGCCAAGUCUGUAAAGUACGUCAGACCAAAGCUAUCAGAGGGAACAGAGAUCAAUAUUGGCGGGAUACUGGGCAAGUGGAAACGUUUCUGUAAAGAGCUUCUGAAGACAGAAGACUGGCGGACAGUCAUCAAGACGAUAGAGGUGUCGACUAUUAUAGAUUUCUGCCUACACAUAUGCGAAUCGGACAGAGUAAAGGCUCAAGAGUCAUUGAAGCAGUAUUUUCGGCGAUUCCAACAGUUAUACACUUCCCAAACCGGGAACUUCAUGAACCGUAAUGAUGCUCAUUUGGUCUACGCGUAUAUGCAUGCCGUUCUUGUUCCACUGUACCGCCUUCGUCCUCCCAAUACCAACAAACCAGUUCUAGGGGUGGAGGCACUGCAUUCUAUCCUGACUUUCAACAUCGCCUACGAUCCAGCCAUUCAACCUCUCGAAAGGCAACGUAUCCAACUAUCAGGCUGUUACCAACUCCUUUGCUACACAGGCGUGCGGCCGGCUGAGCUCGUCUGUAACGAGCGAAAAAAGCCUAAAGACGGCACGGUGGAAGAAAUCUUCGGUAUUAAUGGCGUUUCGUCCAUUUGCACUGAUUCUCGCCUUAUAAACAGCACUGGGCAGGGGGAACUUGACGAGAACGAAGUCGAAGAGAUUCCAGAUAAGGGCGAAGGAGAGGUAGGGGUGAGCAAGAACAGAGGAGAGCAGCAAGUUGAACGUGGAAGACCAAAGGCCCUUUGCUACGAAGACAUUCUGCUGAUGAUAGUGCGUCACCCGGAGUCUGGUCGACCGAUCCCGGCGAUGGCUAUCAAAUUCGUCCACCACAAAGGGUGCGACAAUAAACCAAGACCUACCAUCUUCUACUUUACUCCAACAAGAAAAUUGAUCUUCUGUCCGGUGAGCCUGAUGAUUGGUAUAGCUCUUGAUGAUUGCGCUUUUGACGCUCCAAGCUUGGUUGAUGCCUCAAGUGUGAUGAAGGUAAAACCAUGGGGGCCCAUGCAAUGCAUUCCACUGCGGUGGAAAGAGUCAAUGCGCAGGAAAGCCGUGUUCCGACGUAUCAAGGGUGCGGAACUUUCAGAUGACGAGGCCAUGGUUUAUGCUAAGCUCCGUGAUGAUAUGGGUGAGCAGAGUCUCAAUGCCGGGUUCGAGGAGCGAUGGACUCCGAAGUUCUGCCGGAGAGGCGCAGGCAAUGCUGUGAAUGGCGACGCACCGGAUUCGAUCCGGGAUCAGAUGAUGCGUCAUGAUCCAAAGUUUGCUACCUUUCACGGUGCUUACCAAAAUCACAACCUUCAAUUCGACAGCCAGAACGCAUUCCUGGAGGAGGAGAAACAGGUCCAGCUAUUCAAACUCUUCGCCCACGUCAGUAUCUCGCGGGAUCCUCGUGCAGUGAGAGACAUGGUUCCCGAGGAUGUAUGGAGUAAUCUCCCACCAGACCCCGAGAUCAGCGAGCUCGAAGAGCUACGUGCCGAACUCAAGGGCGGCCAGCAUCGACUUGUCGGUAAUGAGCAUGAAGCCAAGAUCCGCCAGCUUACCUACACCAUCUCUUUGAAGCGUACAAAUCGCGAUAAGCUCGUUGUCAAGAAAUAUCGCGAAGACUACUUCUACAAUGGUCCUACCCGGGACAUUGAGCGGCAAGCCUGGGGGGAAGAGGAAGAUGAAUACGUAGAGCCGAAGCUGGAUCUGGACAUCCCCGAACGCGCUCGACUGGCUGAGCUGCUGUGCCAUCAACCAGAGCAUUGGAGCGAAGAACGGAUCUCGGAAGCUCGAGUUGAGGUUAUUGACCUAUACGCAGCUCUUUGGUGA